CUAGCACCUCCCACCUCCGUGGGAUGGGGCGCCUGUAGGUGAUAAGUUCCAGUUUGUGACAAGUACGUGUCGUGAGUGGUUAUGUUGCCAUGCUGUCGGUUGAAGCCACGGAACUGACAGCGUGAAGACGUCACUAGGAGACAGCCCGCUUGAAUGCCAAGGAUCGUAAGGUACGACAUGAACGUGGAUUACCCGGUCUUCACCAGAAUGAAGGAGAAAGGGUUGUCGAUGGCUGCAUUUGCAACUACAAUCCUGUUCCUGAUUCUGACGUUAAUCAUGGUGAGUGUGACGCUCCAGUCUUCAUACGCGUGGCUUGUGAUGGGUUCCACCUUGUUCCUGUUUGUCACACUGUGCAGCUAUAGUUCCUGUGAGAAGACGUACUGGCGGCGCACUACCAUGCACUCUGAUUCUGUCAGCACCAUCUCAGACGGACACGACAACAUUGAAGGGGAGGAAUAUAACAGAAGUAUUCUGCCAUAUUGGAUUACUGAUCUUCCACCAAGUUACGCUGCAGCAACAUCACAACAAGCAGAGGCAGUAACUGGAACAAUCAGUCCAUAUUCAUCUCCACCACCGUAUUCUACAGUGGUAGAACAUUCAUCUGGACAGAACAGUGUGACAGAGGAACAGCGUCAGCAUACGAGUGGAAACAUACUCAGUUCUGACACACUCACACUACCCCCACAAUGUCCUUCCAGGACGUCCAGGAUCUUGUUACAAGACUGCGGUCCGCCCGAACAUAUCCACUCCCUAAAAAUACCAAGUAGUGUAGUCAGACUGUCACAGUCUGCUUAUAAACACUGUAACACACUUUCUCUCGAAAGACGCCCAGCUGAACACUGAACAAAUAAAACAAUAUCUGACAGCAGUAAUACAUGCUAAUGUAUGAUUAAAGAGGAGUGUUACAGGAAGAAAUAAUGUGUUGUGGAAUGAGAGUUUAAUUUUACAUUAUUAUUUGACUGAAGUUAUUUCAGGAUUCAAGAGCAUAAAUACUGUGGAAGAACAUUAAUAACUAAUAAAAUAUUACAGAAGUUA